AUGUUCUCUCACGACUCGAAGACGGUGGCAUCGGCCUCUGGCGACAAGACGGUGCGGAUCUGGGACGCUGAGUCUGGAGAGUGCAUGUGCGUGCUGAAGGGCCACAGCGAUGUGGUCAACUCAGUGGUGUUCUCGCACAACUCGAAGGUAGCGGCAUCGGCCUCUGACGAUAAGACGGUGCGGAUCUGGGACACCGAGUCUGGAAAUUACGUGCAGGUGAUUCAGAUGGGGUCUUUUCCUUCUGUCCUUGGCUUCACAGCCAACGAUGGUAGCAUCAUUACGAACACUGGCGUCAUAGCCAUCACUCGUAAGUCUUGCACGGACGCCAUCACGCCAUCAUCUUCGGCAGCCUCACGACUAGGCCUGCGAGACUUCUCCUGGGUCAUUGUGGGAGACGAGGAUUGGCUUUGGCUUCCUGCAGAGUGCCGUGGGGGGGAAUCGGCAGUCACGGGAACAGCAGUUGUGAUAGGCUGCCAAUCAGGCAGGAUGGUGAUUCUGCGUAUCUCUGUGGCUGGGAGUCUGGAGUAG